AUCAGAAUGGGUGUUCUCCCAAAACCACGUAAAGUUGUUAUUCCCUCGGGAGCCUCAAGCUCGGAACGAUCCUCGGCGGUUCAGACGGAUGAUGAAUCAGGGCGGAGUACUCCCGUGGUGGUGGGGCCACCACUACGUGUGCCCCCCCUUUGUCCAGCCAUGCUAGCCCGUAGUGUCGGAUACAGGCUGAAAAUGAAGAAGGGUAGACGUAGCAAACAAAGGUUUGAGAAUGAGAGAAUGUUGAUGACUAUGUUUGGUAUUGAUGGUCUUGAGUGUGAACCAACUCUAGAUGUAAACAGAGAGUACACCUCUUACUUUUCCGACCUCUUGGAGUCAGAAAACUCCAACAUUCUUGAGGAGUUCCUGAACAACGAGGAGAGCAAGUACUUCAACAUACCGGAGGAGGAAGAGGAGGAAAGGAAGAAUGAGGAAGAACUUCAAGCGGAAGAAGCGUUCCUUAGAAUUGGCGCCAAACUGAGGUGCGCGCUCAAGAAAAAUGUUCCGCUGGGAAUGCUCCGCGGCAUUGAGGAAACCUUAAACCAGAACUUUUCUGAGAACCCUACAGCUGAGUUUAUCUGUGAGAUGUCAAGUUUUGAGAGACUCCUAGUUCAUGCUCUCUCAGCAUACAACUCUCUCAACUCAUACAGUUACUGCCGGGAUGGUCGAAGAAUUGUCAAGGUUGAAAAUCCUCGAAAAGUUUUCCUCCCAAAGGAUCCAACUCUGACGGAUUAUCUUGCCAUCAGAAAUCAUGCCUAGCAUCAUCAAUAGUUCGAACUAAAUAAUUCCAAGAUAUAAAUAUAGAUUAAACUUGGCAGUUUCUUCUCUCUAAUUUCCAAUAUGGAAUUAUAUGUAAGCCUUAACGUUCCUCCAGUAAUGGUACAUGCUACUAAUCUAACGAAUUCGCAAUUAUAACUGCAAAUAAUAACAAAUAAACUUCCAAAGGUUUUGUUUGA